UUGCCUGUAUAUUCCCUAUAUAAAAUUCGGAUCUGGAAACGUAUAUUCUUGUAAAGACUGAAGAAGUUCUGGUGAAUGGAGACGACCGCGGAGCUCCCAUGGGACCUAAUCGUGCAGAUUCUUCGCCGGUUACCUGUGAAAGAUCUGCUGCGCUACAUGUGCGUAUCGAAGUCAUGGUGCUCCCUGAUCAACGGCCUUGAUUUCAUCAAUCUGCACCUCAAACACAUUCCGGAAUCUCCUUCCCAGUUGGGGUUCGUGUCCGGAGACGACAACAAUCUCUGCUGGACUGCUUCGAAUGAUCUCGACUCUUUCGUUCGACUCACUUGCCCAAUAGACUUAGGAACUGGGGUCAGCGUUCUCGGAAGCUGCAAUGGAUUGCUUGCUAUUAUGAACCCCGAUUCGGAUAUGGCGAUUUGGAACCCUUUCAUUCGAAGUGCAGCUGUGCAGAAGAUAUGCAUUGGUGAAUGGUGACAUUAUGAUUAAAAUGCUGUUGCGUCCUUCACUGCUGAAGUCUUGAUAAUCCUUCAAAUGAUGGCUUACAUAUGUUCUCUUCUCAAGUUAUAUGACAUAGAUGGAAAGUACAAUGAUUGAAAACUCUUCUCCAACAAAACCUAAAUGGAGGAAAGUUGCUUAUGGGGGGAUGCAACCUGGUUUUGAUGACAAUCAUACAGAUGAAUCUUUCCUAGAAGAUAUGAUUAUGAACGCCAAUGUGGUCAAAAGAGACUUGUUAAAGGUGAUCCUUGAUUCAGUUUCCAUUUCUCAGUAUAUUUCCACUGUUUGUCUUGUGGUUUUGGUUUGGACCUAUACACUCCGAUCUACCUUGAAUGAAAAUUCACUUUUAGUUCUAAAUGUUAGCCUUCUUGGGUUGGGUUUUUUCAUUCUUCUCUUGACUGCAGACUCAAUCUCCUUUAAUAUUCUUCUCAGUUAUACCCUCAAGAUUUCAUUUUUCAUGACUGGGUGGUACAUGUUGUCUCCUAUCUUCCAUACACUCACCCGAUCCAUAGCCUCAGAUUCUAUAUGGGCACUAACAGCUUGUCUCCUCAUUAUAAACCUCUUCCUGCAUAAUUACUCGGGAUCAACCGUAAAAGCUCCUGGAAGUCGAGAAAACCCAACCCUUAUGAGCAACAUCUCUUUGAAUGAUUCUAUAGUGGCUUCACUUCUAAUUGCCUCUCGCCUUCCAUCAAGGCUUCAGGUAUUUGCCAUUGUGUUGUUCUCCUUGCAAGUUUUUCUAUUUGCCCCAUUUGUCACCUACUGUGUGAAGAAGUUCUCAUUCAAAUUGCACCUUUUUCUCUCUUUCGGGUUAAUGGUCUUGUCCUUAGUUCUCCUUUACUGGUUACACACACUGCUCUUUAUUUUGUUGUUGGCUGUGUUUGUCUUUGUCAAUUUGGUCUGCCCUUAUUGGCUGAUACGACUUCAAGAGUACAAGUUUGAGAUUAACGGUCCCUGGGAUGAGGCCAAGCUCUGUUUUGCCAUCACAGAAUGAACACCAAAGACUAUAUAUAAUGUUGUGAUGGUGAUGUUAUCAAGAAUGGAAAAAUGUAAGGGGUAUUUUGCAUGAAGAUCUGAUAUACAGAUUGGAGAUACCCUUUAAGCAGUCUCUUAACUAUAUAAGAUUGCAGAGGGAAAGGGUAUGAUUUGGCUCUGAGUCCCAGUGAUAAAGUAUGAGUCAAUAUUGUACAAUCAUGAUGCUCGACAUAGACGCAGAGAUGUUUACAAAUACCGCACAAAGUAUAAUUUGAUACCGAUUAAGUUGCAAAAGCUAAUAUCAUGAAUUAGUUACUUCGUAUAAU